UAAAAAAUAUUAUUGAAGUUAGUUUGAUGGGUAUGGGCGAAGCAUUUCUUUUAGGCAAUUUUAUUUAAGAGAGCGCCACACCCAAUUUUGGAACUAAUAACAUAUCCAAUGACCACCAUAUUUGUGCCUAUGAAGUGAAGUAUUGAGCUGGACUGCAGAUAAACCUCAACAUCUCUUCCACAAUACUAGAAACGAGCUCUUGAUUACUACGUUGGAUUGACUAUGUCAACUAUUGAGGAACGUACGGCAUAUGAAAAGAAUCCGUAUUUCACUGGACAUAUAUAUGGAAAUUUUUCUCCUUUUUAUGUGACCAUCGCUGUUUGCACUGUUGUUCUUGUUUCCAUUAUUAUAAUAAAUAUUGUCUUAGGGUGUUGCUCAAGACAUCGCAAAUACUGGCAAGAUAGGCAUACAGGCAAUCGCUGGCUGGUUUCUAUUUGGUCAGCUACACCACACUUGCAACCUCCCUUGGAUUUUACUGAGCUAAAAGACGCCUCCUAUUUUGAAAAAUUCUAUCCGAAGCCACAAAUCUUCAGUGAAGAUAUCGAAGCACAGGAAGCCCCAGUAUAUCAGCCGGAUUUGCAGCCUCAUAUUGAACCACAUUCACAUCAAUUGCAUCAACAACGUCCACCGCGUCCUGAAGGCCGUACUUUACAGCAGCAGCAACAACGAGAGGAAUACGUAGAAUUGCAGAAGCGCGAAAGUGACAUUUAA